UGGUUCAGAUAGAAAGGAAGAAGAAAGCAUUGUGGGAAAUUUAAGUACCGCGACAGCACGCAACUACGUCACUUUCAGUGGACGAUUCAGAAGCGGCAUUCUUCAUGGGGACUUGAACCACAGACAAUGCAAGAUGGCUACACAGAGAGUACUCCCGCAAAGCAAAGAGACACUUCUUCAGUCCUAUAACAAGAGGCUUAAAGAUGACAUCAGGUCAAUUCUGGAUAACUUCACGGAGAUAAUAAAAACAGCAAGGAUUGAGGAUGAGACUCAGGUUUCCAGAGCAACACAAGGAGAACAAGAUCACUAUGAGAUGCAUGUCAGAGCGGCCAAUAUUGUGCGAGCGGGAGAGUCGCUGAUGAAGCUGGUCUCAGAUCUGAAGCAGUUCCUGAUCCUGAACGACUUCCCUUCCGUGAACGAGGCCAUUAGCCUUCGGAACCACCAGCUGCGCACCCUGCAGGAGGAGUGCGAUAAGAAACUCACGUCUCUGCGUGAUGAGAUUGCUAUUGACCUGUACGAGCUAGAGGAAGAAUAUUACUCCUCCAGGUACAAGUAGUUUCAAGUAGGCCUUUAGACACAGCACUUACGUAGCCCCCCCCCCCCCCCCUCCCCCCCCGUAGCCCCCACUCCUGUGCCUUUUGGUUUAAUCUGGUGACCCCAUUUUUAUUUUAAAUGUUUCUUUCGGUUGCAUUCAAUAGAGAGAAAACAGUAUUGUUCUGGGGUUCAUUGAUCCAUAGCUAUAACCUUUUGGUACUUUUAUGAAUUGGUAAACUGUAAAAGUCCAUCCAAGACAGUGAUAUUUCAAUUGCUGUUAGUUUGCUGCUACAAAACAUUUGUCAGCUUUGAUGCUUUGAAUACCUUGCCUUAUACAACGUAUAGUAUAUGUCAUAAGACACUGCACAUCUGACUCUAGGAUGCCAUGCAAACCUGUGUGUGAGGAAACUGAACACAUUGUGUGCCUUGUUCAGCUGACAGAAACCUUAAACUCAUCAAAUGUAUCCAUUUCCAUUGUUUUGUAUUUUGGCACUAUUGGUUCUCUUUUGUGAUAUUUUUAUUUAACUCCUACAUAACACAAUAUGUCUGAGCAAAAAAAACAAAGUUAUCAUGUGAGAGUUUUCCAUGCUUCCAGAGAAUCUAAAGGAGACCAUGUUCAUUGUCUGCUCAGCUAAAUGUUGGACCACAAUUGAUUUAAAAGCAGUCAAGUUGUGGGACAGUUAAAAGAUCCUCAACUAAAUUGCUUAAUAUGAAAAUGUUUUUUCUCAACUUGCUUUUACUUUGUAUCCAGGUUUCUUAGAAUAUCUUUUUACAUGUCUAAUUCAUUGGUUCGUGUGAAUGUCAUGUUUGUAUCACAGUAUAUCCAGGAAUAACAUAUGCAUGAAAUCUACACAUUUUGUAGCACUGUUUGCACAAUUUUGAUUGUGAUGGUAAAAAGGGAAAAGUGUUGAAAUUGCUAGCCUUGAGGCUAAUGGUAAAUCAGUUUGAUAUCAGUGAAUAUUAUUCUAUAGAAGCUCUAAUAAUCAUAAUAUAUGCUAUAUAAAUAAUAAACCUCACUCCAUAACUGUCUAGUUCUAGGAUGACAUUGUAAAUGUUUUAAUAUAACUUAAAACUAUGAUAAUACGUAUUACUUUAAUGUUUCUGCAAUUCAAAAUCAACUUGCUUUCAAAAAACGAUAUUAUAGUUUUGAUUUAGUAAUGCUUACUAAACUUAUUUUCUUUAUAUAUCCAAGUCAGAUGUGAUGACUUGUUUGACCAUUUAUUUCCACAGACCAGAUCAUUUAUAUUGGAUAGUAUUUUUAUGUUGAUUUUGUGGCAGAUCUGUACAAAAAGGGUAAAAAUGACACCCUGUUCUGUGCAUACUCCGUAUGUAGGCAGAAUGCCAUUUUUGUUUGAUUAAUUGUGAAUGGAAUCCUAUGUUGUAUGUCUUAAGAUUCCUUCCUGUAUUGUAGAUCAUUUAAAAAGUAAAUGUCCUUUGUUUGGCUAAAUAGAUGGUACACGUCCGCUAUGGAUAAGUGUCAACUGUUUGUGUCAGUUUUACAUGGACCCACUCACGGCUUCAAAAUUUUUUAAUAAAGUAGAAAAAUGAGAA